AUGGCAGAAAGCACGGAAUUAUGGCGAGAAUGUGUACGGUGGAUGAACGAAUGCGGAAUCCUGGAUGCCAAACAUCGGGUAGCAGAAAGAGAUGCUGGAAUUGGUGAAUUCGCAACCAUUCUACGAGAUGGUGUAUUGCUUUGCUUACUUUGUAAUCGAUUAUGCGAAAAUUGUAUUGACAUCAAAGAUUUACAACAACGACCACAAAUGGCCCAGUUUCUCUGCUGCAAAAACAUUUGCGAAUUUUUGAAAGCAUGUAAGAAUACAUUUGAAAUGAAGCCGGAAGAUCUAUUCGAUCCGUGGGAUCUCUAUCGUCUCGAUGAUUUUGGCAAAGUGCUGAGAACGCUUUCCAAACUGUCCAUGUCUCCUGUAGCAAAGCUUAGCGGUAUUAGAGGAUUCCCAUUACGUAUAUCUUUAUUAAAUUCAGUGGAAUAUUAUAACGACAAGGUUAUUUAUAAAAAUCUUCGUCAAGGAGCAGAAAUAAAUGAACCUAUACUCGAAAAUGCUUAUGAUAUGGGUAUCGCGGAGGAGGAGAAGACUAGUGGUCGAAUUUACGAUUCUAUUGUGUGUCAACGGUCUAACAGUCAACGGGAACUUAAAGCUAUCGAAUAUGAUAAGUGGAUGAAUUUUAAACCAGAUUCUCGACGUGAGCAUUGCAUCAAGGAAUUGUACGAUACCGAAUCAAACUAUGUCGAGAAAGCUUUAGAUAUGAUCAUAAAUAAUUUUUAUGCACCACUGGAGGAAGUGCUAUCGAAGGAUGAUCAUAAAAUGAUCUUUAUGAAUAUUUUGGAACUGGCAUGUAUUCAUCGCUCAUUUCGUGAUCAUUUACGACAAGCUGUCUUUUAUACCGUAGGGUUGGAAGAGCCCAUGAAUGAUGAAAAACCGGUGACAAUUGGGGACGUCUUUAUUACGUGGAAAGAAAAAUUUGUGGCAUAUGGAGAAUAUUGUUCGAAAUUACCAAAUUCACGUUCACAUAUUUGUUAUUUAGAAAAAACAAAUCCGAUCAUACGGCAAAAGAUUAUUGAUUGUGGUAUAGCUGCUAAUCGUAAUCAGUUCCAUUUACAAGAUCUACUCAGUAUACCAAUGCAGAGGGUUUUAAAGUACCAUGUUUUAUUAUCGGAGAUGAUAAAACUUACCUCAGUGGACUCGCUGGACCGUUUACCUUUAGAAGAAGCCAAAGAGGCAAUGCAGGAUAUCAAUUCCUACGUCAACGAAAUGAAACGUGAUUAUGAGAUGCAGCAGCUGGUUAUGGAUAUUGAAACAAGUAUAACGGAUCUAGAGCUGCCCGUAGGCAUGCAUUUGAUUAACUAUGGCCGAUUGGUUAAAGAUGGUGAAAUCAAAAUUGCCGAUCAAAGUAAGGAUGGCAGUCGACUGAAAACACGCUAUGUAUUUGUUUUCGAUAAAGUGAUGAUUAUUUGUAAAAGUCUAAGAGGAAAUCAGUACUCAUAUCGAAGUGCGCAUAUACUGAAUGAUUAUCGUAUUGGUGUCGAUGCAGAUAAUAAUAAUAAAAUUGGUACAAUAACUCGUAAGCUGACAGCUAAUGGUGGUUAUUAUUUCUCUUUAGUUCAAGAAUUGGAUGACAAUGUUACCAACGUCCUUAAUGUUUGCUGCAAGACGAUGCUGCAAAGAGACAGUUGGGUGCAAAAUAUUAUAGCGGCACAGAACAAUGUACGACCUAAAGAUUCGGAAGCAUCAGGCCAUUGUUUGCAGUAUCAUAGCUACGAUAAAGCUACCGUUUGUUUUCAUUGUGAAAAACUUCUUGCUGGUCUCUUCUAUCAAGGAUAUCAUUGCUCCGAUUGUAAGCGAAAUUUUCAUCGUUCGUGCUUAUCGAUGAGUAAAUGUCCAGGAGUUGAUCUUGUAUUAACACGAAGUCACACUCCAAAUAGGCGGAAACAUACUGCUUCUUUGCAACCCCAUGAAUGUGUUCGCGCAGUACAAUCAUUUCGAUCAAACGACCCACUGUUCCUAUCAUUCGAAAUGAAUGAUUUGAUAGAAAUCACUCAACGAAAUAUUGAUGGCACACUGAUGGGACGAAUUGUUGCGUUUCCUAAUCGAACUGGAUUUAUUCAACCGGAAUUUGUUCGUAGAUUUCGGAUUUCUGCGUCGUCAUUGCAUAUGGGUUCAUCGACAGGUAUUUCAUCAAACGUUACACUGUCGUCACCGGUAGAACAUAGUGAUUCUUGGAUUAGUUCACCUCAGUUGCAACUGCCUCUUACGAACGGUGAGCGCAAAUCCUCCGCCUCGAUUGAAAAUAUAUUUUUGCCUCGGAAGUCGCAAAACCAGGAUUAUGUGAAUACUGAAGUGAUGGGUCAGCAGUGGUAUCGGGGACCGAUGAAACGAUGGGAUGCAGAGGAACUUUUACGUGGCACACCAGAUGGUACUUUCUUAGUACGAUUCAGUGCCACACAGCAAAAAUAUGUUAUCAGCAUAAGUUUCAAUGGUGAAGUGAAACACACAAAGGUGGAACAGUCUCUAGAAGGACGUUAUUACCUGGACGAAAGCACAGUGUUUGCGGGAAUUGUGGAAUUGGUCAACUACUAUAGAGAAAAUAAUUUGCGAGAAUCGUUCGAAACUUUAAACACCACUCUACGAUAUCCUUAUAUCGAUAAACAGUCAUAUGUUGCCUUGCAUAAUUUUGAAGCAUCAGAGCCAAAUUUUCUCACUUUGGUGGUUGGUCAAAGAGUCUAUGUGAUUAGUAGGACUGGUGAAGAUCGAGGCUGGUGGAAAGGGCGCAGUGGUAAUCGAGUAGGCUACUUCCCACUUGCUUAUGUCGCACCAGCAGAAGAGGCAUGA